AUGUCGCCAUUAGAACCAAUGCGGGACAGCGAUAUGACCACCUCGUUAGCGCUGCAUCGACUCCAGCUCUCCUGGACCGCCGGCAGGUUGCCCAUUCCGCCGGACGCAGAAGUUUUCCCGGGGCUCUACAGAUGCAACGUCGCCGCGGAGAGCGCGCGGGAAAUGGAGCGUGACUCCGCAGAGCCGCCUCGCUCCGGCGCCCCGCUCUGCGCCAAUACGCACCGCUUGUUUUCGCGGCUUUUCCUACGAACGCGCUAUUAUACACUGCUCCUUUCCUCCAAGGCGAUCAGU